CAGGCGAUGUUGUGAUGCGAGUUUCAAUUCUGAAAUCGGUCUCAAAAUGGGUGAUUUUUUCGAAAAAACCCAGCGGAAUCGGGUUCCGGAGAAGCCUCGAGCGGUGGCCGACCUCAAUCUGAUCAUCGUUCCAGCCACGGCACCAGAUGGAUGGAGAAAAGUGGAGUGGCAGCAACGACUCUGGCAACACGACGGGCGGCCCUUGGUGGCACGACUACGACGAGGGCGAGCAGUACAUUUUCCAUCGCAACGACGUCUUCUACAGCUUCCUCACCGCCUACUUGUUGGUCGCCGUGCUUGCAGUUUUCGGCAACUUUCUCGUGAUCCUGGUGGUGCAGUGCGACCGGCAAGUGGAAUCAAAAACCAACUUUCUGCUCGGGCAACUGGCAGUGGCCGAUUUGUGCGUCGGCGUCUUUUGUGUGAUGCAGAGCUUCAUGGCCUAUCUCAGCAAUUGGUCGCUGGGGCUGUUCAUGUGCCAAAUGUACCUGUACGUGCAGGCGCUGAGCUACGUGGCCUCGGUGCUCAUCAUGGUGGCCGUGUGUGUCGAGCGCUACGUGGCCAUCAUGCAACCCUUUCACACCCGCAGCGUCUUCACCACGGCCCGACUCAGGCUGAUAAUAGUCCUGGUGUGGCUGGUGAGCGCUGCGUACGCGUCGCCGCGUCUCUUUUUCGCCAGGGUGACGAGCCAAGAGCUGCGCAACGACGAGACGGACACUUUCUGCCACUUGGACACAACUCGCUACGACCCCGAGAUAUUCGACACGGCCAACUUGAUAUUCCUCUACGUGAUCCCCCUGCUGGUGAUGGCCAUCAUGUACUCGCGAAUGUGCGUCGAGCUGUGGCAGAGUGGGCGCCAAAUUCCAGGUGCAGUGCACGCUGGCCGAGUACCUUGCAAUCCAAGCGUCGCUGCUGUCCCAGAUGCUCCGUCAGCUCUGACCACAACGAGUCUUUUGCACCUGGUGCCCGAGCCAGGUGAGCACGCAGCCCUGCAGCCGUGCAUGAGCAUACCCGACAACCAGAGCGUCACCAGCGAAAUCGUUCAGGGUGGCUCUCGAAGUCCCCUGCCCAGCCCGGUGCCCCCUCUGCAGAGGAUGAGCUCACUGCCCCCGUUGAGGGAGACCAGGGACCCCCUGCGACCUUGCAACUCGCCACGACCCAAGAGACGAGAGCGCAAAAUGUGGCGUCGCUUUUUCCACAAACGCUCACAAAGCAGGAGAAGCAACGAUCUUGAGGUGGGUCCUUUGGGUGCUCGACGCCGAGUGGUCUACAUGCUCAUUCUAGUGGUUCUGUCAUUCCUCCUCUGCAAUUUGCCAUACCACGCCCGCAAAAUGUGGCAAGUGCGUCUUUUGAGUGCCGAGAACAUGGUCUACUACCAACUGUUCACUCCGUGCACAUUCCUCAUCAUGUACUUCAACUCGGCGCUCAACCCCAUUCUCUACGCCACCAUGUCGCUCAGUUUCAGGCGAGCGAUGCGUCGUCGAGUGCGUCUGAUUUUCCGCGGCGCCAUCGAACUGUGUCGGCGCCGCCCUCGGCAGGGGUCGCCGACGCUGCUGGUGCGCGGCACCGGCAAGGCGGCCUCGUCGUCGACCCGUUCGUCGACGAGGGCGGCCAACAAUGUGGUGCAUCAGCCGCUGGUGGCCACGAACGGCCAAGCGCAGCCCGAGACGGGGGUGUGAUGCUCGGCGAACCGAAAAAAGAAGCGCGUCACGUUCAUCAUCUCCAAGGACGGAGGUCGCGCCGCUCACUACAUCUGAAUAUACAAAAAGACUUUGGAAUUGGAAGACUUUCGUCUAAAGUGGUGAGAGAGAUACUUUUUGGUCUGUGGUGCUCUCGUCAAAUGCGUACCUGAUGCCGGUUUAGAGGGGAAAGUAGACGCUAUGCAAGUUCAACCUCUCUUUAUUCAAAUACUUACCAAAAAAAACUAUUUUUUAAUGGCUGAAGAUGUUGGUUGAAUUUGAAUACAGUGAAAAUGGUAAAUUGUGUCCAGGCUUGGUAAUUUCAGAACAGCUAUUUUAACCAAAUAAAUUUGCGCAAUCCAAUAAAUUAAGUAGAAUUAAGCAUGGCAGCCAAGAAUAUCAGUGAGCUUCAUCGAGCAUCAACCUUUUAAUUUUGACUUUUUAAAAUUUUUGGCGUCAAAUCAAAAUGUUAUAAACACUCCAUUUACCUAUUUCUGUCAAAUUUAAAUUCCGGUUUUUUGCUUAUUUCGGCAAAAUUAAAAUAACAUAUUUUUAUGUUUAAUGUAUAUUUUUAAUAUUUUUGUCUCUCUUUUAUUAGCUUUUUGGCUGUUUCUAAUUGAUUCAGACCAUAUGAGGAUUUUUAAAAUGGCUUAAAUCACAUUUUUUUAAUUAAGAGGCGACAAAAUACAUAUACACAUUCCAACAUUAUUAAUUAUUCUACUAGAGCGACUCAAUAGAGUUUAAAAAUGAUUUAUUUAUUUAAUUUUUAGUUUUUUGUAGAUUAUUUUCUAAUGAUUUAGUUUUCUCUAACUAUUAAGCCCAUCUAAGCCGACUAUUUAGGAAUUUUCUCUCAAUUUUACACUAAUUUAUGUUACUUCUAUGGAAUUUUAAUUUAUUGUUGCCGAUUUUUUUUUUUAAGAAAACUUUAGUUCAAAAUUGCAUGAUUUUGGAUACACUUAAUUAGUUAAUUUACUUGUAAUUUUGCAAGUCUUAUCAAUUUUGUUAAAAAUCUUCUCUAAUUAUUUACGAAAUGUUUACAAAUUUACAAAUUUUGAAAGCUGCGUUUCCCACUCUUGCCACUCAUCACGUAAUUAGCUCAAUCUACUGCUUGAGAAAACCAGCCUGUAUUGCAAUUAAAUUGCAAACUUUUACAAGGGCUGGGAAGCGAGCAGCUUCAAGAGUAACUUUAAAACAACAAUUUGCGUCACAACUGACAAUGCAAAUUUUAUACUUGGAGUCAAAGGAGUCUUGGCGACAUCGCUUCUGGGGAAAAUGAUAAAAAAAAAAGUACGCUAGACGCAGCCACGACUGGGAGUUAAUUUGUGUAAACUUUGACCGUUUUGACAACAAAAACAAACUUUGCCGGCUUUUUUACGUUCGCACGAAACUUUUGCGAGCGCGGCUUAUUUUUAAAAAUAGGCGAGGAAAGUAAUUUUGAGAGUGGCUGUGAAUUGAGAAUAAUCGGUGGUGACGCUUGAUUUAGGCGCUAUGGGAAUUCAAAUUUUCGCUUCGUCGCGAGUAACUUUUUUCGAUCCACGCCAUGAAAAUGGAUAGCGCCGCAUUUGGGAUUUGGACCGAUUUUCCUCCAUAGCGAUUGGGCACGUUUUUAUCUUCUCUAAACCCAAAUAAGGCUAUUAUUUCUCAGACUUAUCGUCGCAGUCGCGAUUGUAAAUGUGAUGUGUAGAGGGUAGCGAAUUGUAAAUAAAGAUAUAUAAAUAUAUAUAACGAGAGGCAAAAGAGAAAAUCCGGCCCCGAGCAAAAUGAAACUGCCGAGCUGGAGUGGAUUUUGCUGUGAGCGAAAAGCUUUGCAAAAAGCGAGAUAGGAAACGCUAAAAGUUGCUGUUCCAAAAUAAAAUAAAACGACGAAGUAUUGAUGCUCAAUUAUUCUAAGUGUUGUUUGUGGCAGAGUAUGCUGGUUGUAUUUUGAAUAUUUUAUUGUUGAAGAAAAAAAGUUCCAAAAAGUUCUAUGUUGAUCUCAGAUUGAAAAAUGAGAAGAAUGGGCUCGUUUUGUGUAAAACGGGUGAUAUUUAUUUACAAGGAAAAAUUUUAAAUAUAUCAUUAAAUACGAUUUGGUUGGUAAGAUAAACAUUAUUUUGUUUUCUAUAAUUACAAAACAUGUAAAACGCCAACCAAUUAAGGAGCAUAAAAAAACGAUGAAAUAGAUUUAUUUGAUGCAGAAAGACGUUUUGCUUAACAAUGCAAACAAGUUUAAAUAGCAAAAUAUUCAUCAACAAAAUGACGAUUAUAUUAUUAGCUCACAUUAUAAAAGACUUAAAUUUUAGGUACUUCAACAAAAAUUUUAAUUGUUACGCAAUUUUCCUCUAAUAAAACGGCCGAUAUUAAAAGAAAGAAACUCAUUUUACAGACAUAAAAAGGCUAAAAUAUAUCUGUUAUUGUGACAGCACAACUAGUCACACACAUUCCUGUAAAUACUACUCAUAGACAACUAUUAUAAAUAUAUAUUUUAAUGUGUCAACUAAAGAAUAAAAUUCAUGUUGUUCCAAA